AAAUGUCAGAAGCCGCUGUUAAAACCGCGCUCUUUAACUUGAAAGGGAACAAAAGGACACCACGCCACCGCAUCAGCGGACACCCACUCUGAGGGGGCGUGACAGACAGCGAGGACACGUGGGGAGGAGGCGCGGUCAACGACUGAGCGACGGUUCGCUCAGCCAAUCGAUUCUGCAGCCUGCGUGACCACGUGGCAUCGCGGGGGCGGGGUCCAUGAUGAAGCGACAGCUCACCCAGCCAAUUGUUGAAAGAGGGGUGGGGGAAGUGAUCACGUGGGACUGGUAGGGACGGCACCGAUUUAUAAAUGUCGGUUCGUCCGGCCAAUGGGCCUGCACAGACCGCAGGUCAAUCGGGAUGGGCGCGGGCAGAGGCUAACCUGACUGGACAGAAGGGAAGGGGCGGGCCAGACUUUGCCCGGGCGUAGCCAACCGGGACGCGGACGCGGGCCGCGAGGGGCGGGUUUCCGACAGGGCCGAGCCAAUCGGAAGCGGCCGCCCGGCAAUAAUGGGCGCGGCCUCGCUCUUCUCGACGAUGGAGUGAAAGAACAAAAGAAAUAUUAAAAAAAAUCCAGGGCGCUGGCGCUUUUGUAGAAAGAAAAUUAUUUUUUUUAAAAAGGCGUAAAAAAAAAUCAAAAAUCUUUAUUAUUUAAUGAGGAACAAAUAUUUAAUGUUAGUCUUGCCCUGUUAACGUUAUAACAAUGCCGAGUAGUACAGUGUUUACAGACAUGGAGCGGGACGACGGCGAGUCUGGGCCUCUCCACAUCGCCAUGGAGCAGCUCACCGUCUUCGGCCUGGAGGAGCCCCCGCUGUCGUUACCGCCACCGCCGCCUCCUCCUCCUCCUCCUGCACCGCCGGUGUCCCUGGCUCAGCACCUCCGGAACCUGGAAUCAGACGCUUCUUCCUCGCCUCCUCCACCUUCCCCCACCGCCGGGCCUGGGCCUGGGCCCGGGCUCGAGCCGCUGGCCGUGCCCGGGCCACCGCUCCUCCUCCAGGGCCCGGUGAGCGGGAGUCAGCAAGGUGCAGUGCCGGCCCCGUGUCCCUGCCCGACCACCGCUCCUGGCGCCGCCGCCGUAGCGGUGGGAGGUGGAGGUGGUGGUCUGCCCCUGGUUUCUUCAGUCCUGGCUCUGUUCGAGGCCGAGCAGAUCCAGCUGCAGCAACAGCAACAACCCCGAAAAAAGAGUGUCAACAUGACCGAGUGUGUGCCGGUGCCCAGCUCCGAGCAUGUCGCCGAGAUCGUGGGCAGGCAAGGUUGCAAAAUCAAGGCCCUGAGAGCAAAAACCAACACUUACAUCAAGACUCCAGUUAGAGGAGAGGAGCCCGUUUUUGUCGUCACUGGGAGAAAGGAGGAUGUUGCUAUGGCUAAAAGAGAGAUCAUUUCAGCUGCAGAACACUUCUCAAUGAUACGUGCAUCAAGAAACAAAAAUGGAGCAGUGCCUGGGGCAACACCUGGACUAGCUGGCCUCUCUGUACCUGGCACCCCAAGUCUACCUGGGCAAACCACCAUUCAGGUACGAGUGCCCUACCGUGUAGUGGGUCUGGUGGUAGGGCCCAAAGGUGCUACAAUUAAGCGAAUUCAACAACAAACCCAUACAUAUAUAGUCACUCCUAGCCGUGAUAAAGAGCCAGUGUUUGAAGUGACUGGCAUGCCUGAAAAUGUUGAUAGAGCCAGGGAAGAGAUAGAAGCACACAUUGCUGUUCGUACAGGCAAUUAUAUUGAAAUCAAUGAAGAAAAUGACUUCCAUUCCAAUGGCACAGAUGUGAGUUUUGACAACAGUGGAUUUGAAUCUGCAUGGGGGAAGAUGAACUCGAUUCCUCCUACCCGCAAUAGACUUCUGUCUAGCUACAGAAAUGACAGCUCGAGCUCUCUUGGCAGUGGAUCAACUGAUUCCUACUUUGGAAGUAACCAGAUGACUGACUUCAGUCCAACAAGUCCAUUCAGUGCAGGUGGUUUCUGGUUUGGAGAAUCAUUUACAGCCAUGAGUUCUGAAGAUCUGGGGUUUGAAUCGCCUGCCUUUGAUUCUCUUCCAGCUACAACUCAGUCUGUGAUCUGGUGUCCAUUCGAACAAGCAAAUCCUAUUGGCUUUGGUAAUGAGUCGACAAUUGGUACAAUAGCCCGUGACAGCCAACCCACUACCCCUCGCCUAUCACCAACCUUUAUAGAAAACAUAGAGUUUCCCCUUGCAAGGCGGCCAUGUAGUGACCCUUUGAACAUGGCGAGUCAAGUUGAGCUUCCAGUAUAUAUCUCUGCCUUCUCUAAUGGUACAAGCUACUCCUCCUCCAAUGGUAGCACUACUUCUGGUUCACCCACCGACUCGUCCGGCUCUGGUAUGGCCAGGGGCAAACGUGAUUGUGUGGUCUGUUUUGAAAGUGAAGUGAUUGCAGCUCUGGUGCCAUGUGGCCACAACCAUUUCUGUAUGGAGUGUGCCAACCGAAUCUGUGACAAGGAAGAUCCAAAGUGUCCAGUGUGCAACACCCCUGUUACUCAGGCCAUUCGCAUCUACUCUUAAUGGACAUUUGGGUGGGUGGAGGGGUGGGGUAGAAUGAUUGAUGGAGAAGGAGGGUAGAAUGUGUGUUGGUACUUGUCUGAAAACUUCCUAUUGGUAAAAUGUGACUGUUAUGUAGUUGGAUUCGUAGGAUUAGGCUACGAGUUUACUGUAAAUUUUAAAAGUUGGGUAAUACCUUUUUUGUUUUCUGUUAGGCAAACUCAUUUCAUGGAUCACCAAGCAGGGUGGGUCAGUUUAUUUGCGGAUGUACAUGCAGGAUUUAAAAAUAUACUUGACAGUGAAAGUGGCCCUUGAGCUUUUUAAAACUUUUAAAUUGUGCCACUUGCAUCACCUUUUAUUUGAGGGAUGCUUGUUCUGGAUUAAUCUCCCCCACCCCUGGGGUUUGAUUUACCAGUCUCUACCAAGUUAACUGAUCUAACAAUCUAGCAGUAAGGAUUCUACUGCAAAUACAAUGCAGUUGUUUUUGUCCCUUUGUUUAAAACUACUGGCCGUAGUUCAUGGAAAUUGUGAUAUCCAAUAACAAGUAGUUUGACAGGCUGUUGACUUGCUUUUCUACCCCUCUUCGUCCCUUACCUCACUCCACGCAAUAGCCAUACUUGGAUGAGAUACCAGAGGGUUGCUGGUACCAUAGGACGCAAUCCAGGGCUUUAAGUAGAGCGGUGAAAAUAGUUAAAGGUUAAAUUGGGGGUAAAAUGCUUGAAAUAGUGUAAUGGAUAUGAAACAUUCAGUUUUAUUUCAUUUUCCACUAGAGAUUUGUAAUUCUAAGCUGGUAACUGUGAGUUAUGAAAGGUUCACUCUCUUACUCUCCCCUUCACUGUUAAAAGAUUAAUGUUGAAUUACCUAACAUUUUUUGAAAUGUUGAAAAAAUUGCAUUUGUGGUAGCUACAUUUCGCAUUACACAUUUAAGAACCAAAUUGAACCAGGUUUUUACAACUUUGUGUUGUAUUACUUGUUUUACGUGUCUUAAUACAUGCUAUUUCUUUCUAGCUUAAAGAUGACCAAGUGCAGGAUGUGCAAACAAAUAAUUUGCAGUGUGGUAAAACCAAGAAAUCUCCUAUUAACUUUGAGAUGAGGGAACAACUUGUUUUCAGUUUUUAAGAGGGGGGGUAGAAAGGAGAGAAAUGAGGAAUUGUCCUAUCCAUUUUGGGAUCUCAAUCAUCAGCCAAGGAAUUUGCAUCCAUUCUGCAAGGUUUGUUUGAGCUCCCAGAGACUUUCUGUAGAUUUGUGGCUCAUUUCCUGUGGGGGAACUUUGUUAAUGGAACAGUUGAAUGGCUUUGGACUGUAAUCAAUGAUAUGCUGCUUCCCUUCAGGGUAGCUGCAAAGUCCUGCUGUUGAAGAUUUCAAACUUUCAGCAACCUUUUGAGUCAUUUGUCUAGGGAUGACUAAGCUUCAGCUUGAACUGAUCUGUUUCUAUACCCAUGAGUAAGUGCACAAUUCUGCCUCAUUUCGUACCCUCAAAAUUUCCUCAUUCUUGCAUUAAGGAAACUGAAGUGGGUUUUUUUGGCAGUUUUUGAAUCUCAUUUACGGGUUACCAGUUUAAAAAGACCUUGUAUUCAUUACCAAGAUUUUGCCACAUUAUAUCUUAACUGAUCCUAUACCACUGAAGGUAACUGAUCUGUUCACACAACUGAAGUGCUGAUCAUCCCGAAUUGGUAGCUCUUUGAGGGUACCUUUUUUAAAAUGUAGGUGAUGCCAGCAAUUACGACUCUCAUGUGUUUAAAUUUAGCUAUGUAGAGCUACUGCUUGCUUAAGCAGUAGUGAUUGCAGUGAACUUCGCUGUUGAAUAGUAACUCUACUAAUAGCUGCUGAGAGGAAAACAGUUGGUUAAUUGGACCAUUUCUAUGUUACUUAGUUUGGAUGCACUGGGUUUAUUGUGUGACCUGUGGAAAACAGCAUUAUUUUAUUUUGGAUUCAUUUUGAUAUAUAAAAGACUUGGCAUCUUUAUGCCAUACUUGAGUGAUUCUCGAGAAUUACAUAAUUUGCUGAAAUUUAAUCUGUUCAGAGACCUAAUAUGCUCCAUUGAGGUGGUUAUUAUAGGACUAAUUAAUGAAUUCAGCAAUACACCUUUGCGUUUCUCAGAAUUUAUAUAUGGAAAGGAGUGCUUUCUAUAGAGAUGGUGAAUUUGGAUGGGAUGAAACCUGUACAUCCAGUUUUGGGGGCGGGGGGGUGGUUGGGAAGAUGCGCCAAUAAAAAGCAUGUCUAGACUUGUUAGAUGGUUGACUAGGGAUUGUGUUUUUAUUUAUAGUCUAAGAAAAAUAAGUCAAACUGAUUUACAUCUGUAACAAUCCAAGAUCAGCUUUGCGUUCUGACAGCAAGUUGUUGUAUGGGCAUCUGUCUGAUUAGUGUUAGUUGCGAAAGCCUUAUUUGUGAUUCAUAAUGGAUUUUCCAGCAGCAGGACAUGCACAGCUCAAUCUCUUUUCUCCUUUUAGUGUGCUUAAUAAUAGGUUUUGCAUGUGGUAUUUGUGAAGUGUAUGGUUAAUGCGAAAUCAGGUUGGCACCACAUGUAAAAUAUGGAAUGCUAUCUAAUUUUGUAAUGAUUUGGAAUGUUAACUAAAUGUUUCCUUGGGAAAAUUCCAAAAUACUACCAAACAUCUCUGUCUAAAAUCAGUGUCACUACAAAAUACAAAUUUAUCAGAUCAAACCCACUUCAUGGGAAUGUCUUCUGUCUAGAGAUUGGACAGUGCAGUUUGGAGAUUCAUUAAAUGUUUAAAACAGCUGGGCACCAGCUGAGUGGUUUAUUACAGAGGGAAUUUGCUUUCUAAACAUUUUUAGGAGCAUCCUGCAGUCGAAAGUGGUAAAUAACAUAGUCUUCUGUUUGUUUUUUAAAAACUUGUCUUAUUUCUUUAAGACGUUUGCCAGCUCCUCUAUUAGAAUAUAGAUUCCUUUAAGAUUCGUUCUUUUUGUUUUUCACCCGCCCCAAAAAAAUCCCAGUAUACUGUAUAUUCUCAGAUAAAGCAUUUUGUAAACUUCCAAGUGUGUAGAUUGUCUGUCUUUACAUGAAACUCCCAAAAGCUGUUGUUGGCUAAGUAAUUUGAGUUGUUGGGUUUGCAGACUUUGAAUUUUUUUCUCUGCAAGAAAAAGGACUUGGUUUCCAAUCUCUGUGAAGCUCUGACUAUGGGCCUUUUACCUCACAUCGUGGUCACCCAGAGAGGUCUGUGCUCAACACUUACUGUGAUAGGUUUCAUUCGACAGUUUGCUGGAGGUGCUGUCUUUAAACUGUGAAAUGUAGGUUGGCACUAUUUUUAGUUUUACUAUUUUUCUAGAGGUUUUUGCAUUCCAGUUCCUGAAACAAAUAAGGCUGUACAAUUCUUCUUUAUUUCCCAGAUCUCAUUUUUAGUUUUGUUUUCAGGGUCUUCAUUCUGUGAGAUUGUUGUAAAAGCAAAUUGGAAGGGGAUGUAAAUUAUUUUAUUUUUGGUAUUUCUAGCUGACAGAAGUGAACCAAUAGAAGUGCUUACAAUUUCUGGAUUUAAUUGAUUCAAAUUAGCUUCUAAAUUUUAAACCUUCUCGAGAAUAAUGUAGCCUGGUCCUCAAGUCAUAAAUGUUUAAUAUAUUCUCUUGCUGAUGUGGGCACUGCUGGCGAGGUCAGUAUUUAUUGUUCGUUCCUAAUUCCAAACAUUGUGGUAAACGGCCACAUUUGAAUCACUGCGCUCCAUAUGGAGUUGAUACACCGCAGUGCUGUUAGGAAGGAAUUUUAGAGGCUUAAAGUUUUGUCCUGAACAACUAAUUUACUGCAUCAGUUCAGUGAACUUCUGUUCUUCAACCAGGCUAGAAGUUUAAAUGCAUUAUGUAUGUAAUGUACCUUUGCACUUUGAGUAGGGGUUGGGAUAGGUUUGCAAUGCAGAUUAUUCUCACCACCUACCUGGAGCAAGAUGCAUAACAGUAAGAAGAAAAUUGUGGGUGGGGCAACAAAUCACUUAAAUCAAUUGAUUUGACUUGAAUAAACCUGUGCUUAAUAAUGUAGAAGAAACAAAACUGUGUGGAGGUCUAAUGUCUCAGCAUUUUGAGCAGUUGUGCCAUACAGAGCAGGAAGAUCAGUGUCUGUGGUGAGUUAUUUGGUUUCUGAUGGCACUUUUGAGGCACUUCUGUGACAUCCCCCAGUUAGCUGAAAGUUCAGCAGCUGUGUUGGCAUCUAAUUGUGGUUACAUAACACCAAAUUUCCUGCCAUUGAACAGCCUGCUAACAUUCUUAGUUUUGAGGCUUGUGUGCAGUUGCUGGCUACUUGGAUAUGAUGGGAAGUAAUCAGCACCUGUGAAUCCCAAUCUUGGCAAAUAGCCAAUACCUUCAGAUAAUGGGGGAGUGGGGUGGGGGCGCGGAAAUUGGCAGCAGAGGAAUUGCUUGAAAAGGGAAGAUGAUGGUCUAGUAGAUUUCAUUUCUCGUACUGCCGUACAACAGCAUUAUUUCAAUACAAAAAUGGUUUUUGUUCUCCACUCAACAAGGGCAAGUUAACUUCUGUACUUGUAAAUAUAGAUAUAUUCAUCUAGUAGAUAAACAAUUUUAUUUUUAUUUCCACUUGAAAAGUUACAUUUCGUAUUCAAAGUUUACAAAAAUAAAGGUUUUUAUUUCGAGAUUUUUCAGUAUGAGAAUUGCCUUGACGGCAUCUAUGAUGUAAUGCGUAACUUCACUGCUACUUUUUGCUUGUAGACUAGUUGAUGUCAGUAUUAAGAUUAACACUAGUUGCCAUCUUGGAAUAGAUAAUGAAACGAAUGUUCACUGAGCAUGUAUUUUGUAUCUAUAAACCUUGAAAUUGCAUUGUACACUAUAAUUGACAAACCAAGGGGAUAACCAGUAUGUGUACUAUUUCUAUCAAAAUCACAAACCAAGCAAGGCAAACCAUACCAAUAGAAUUUAGUAUUUGCUAAUUUUACUACACCUCGUUUGUUAUGUAUAUGUAGGGAAGUGAUAGGGAAAUGAAUUCAAUUUAUUGAGUAAAGUUUAAAACCAUAUAUUUUAUAAAGGGCCUUUAACUUAAUGUGGCCAAAGCACUGAUAUAUAUUUGCUGUAAAGAGAAUUAUAAGAGUUUUAUUUUUCUGAUAUUAAAAGUUACUUAAUAAAGACGGUUUCCAUUAAAAUUU